AAGAAGAAAUGAUGGACUUAGCUAUGGCUCUCAUGUAUGUUACAGCCUUAGAGUUCAGGAUGCUUAUAGGAAAUGACAUCUUCACCUUGAGAAUUUGAAAUCUCUGAACAACAACUUUUUUACGUGAAUUGGCAGAAGUGGAGAAGAGAUGGCCAGCUCAGCUCGAGAACACCUGCUCUUCGUGCGCCGUCGCAACCCGCAGCUCCGGUACACCUUAAGCCCUGAGAACCUGCAGAGCCUGGCCUCUCAGGGCACCAUGCCUGAGAACAUGAACUUGCAGCGUGCCAACAGUGACACUGAUUUAGUCACCUCAGAUAGCAGGUCUAGUUUGACAGCCAGCAUGUACGAAUACACCUUGGGACAGUCUCAGAACCUCAUCAUUUUCUGGGAUAUUAAGGAAGAAGUAGAUCCAACUGACUGGAUAGGACUUUAUCACAUAGAUGAGAACUCUCCAGCCAAUUUCUGGGAUUCCAAGAAUCGGGGAGUGACUGGCACGCAAAAAGGACAAAUUGUGUGGCGAAUUGAACCUGGCCCCUACUUUAUGGAAUCUGAAAUAAAGAUCUGUUUUAAAUACUACCAUGGUGUUAGUGGAGCCCUGCGAGCUACUACUCCAUGUAUCACUGUGAAAAACCCUGCUGUGAUGAUGGGAGUAGAAGGCACAGAUGAAGGUGCUUCUGGAGCUCAGCACUCUAGGAAGUUGGUCAGCUUUACCCUAUCAGAUAUUAGAGCAGCUGGACUUAAAAAAGGCAUGUUCUUCAAUCCUGAUCCUUAUCUAAAGAUGUCCAUUCAGCCAGGGAAGAAAAGUACAUUUCCUACGUUUGCUCACCAUGGCCAGGAAAGAAGGUCGACUAUCAUCAGUAACACAACUAAUCCUGUUUGGCACAGAGAGAAAUAUUCUUUUGUUGCACUUCUAACAGAUGUCCUGGAAAUUGAGGUUAAAGACAAAUUUGCCAAGAGUCGUCCAAUCAUCAAGCGCUUCCUCGGGAAGUUAACCAUACCUGUUCAGAGACUGUUGGAGAGACAUGCAAUUGGAGACCAGGUUCUCAGCUAUAAUCUUGGCAGAAGGCUUCCAGCUGAUCAUGUUAGUGGGUAUCUCCAAUUCAAAGUGGAAAUUACAUCUUCUGUUCACGAAGAUGCCUCACCAGAAACAGUUGGCACUUUGCUAGGAACCAACUCUGUAAAUGGAGACUUGGGGAGCCCCUCUGAUGAUGAGGACAUGCCAGCAGGACAUCACGAUACAUCCACGGUGUGUUCCAAUGGCCCAGUCUUUGAGGAAUCUUCUGGAGACACAAUCCUGAGACACUCUUUAAGGACUAGUAGGACUCUGGAGACAGACCAGGAUGAGCUGACCUCUGGUGCUUCAAGAUCAUCCCCUCCCAGAGGUCGCCAGGACUCCCUAAAUGACUAUCUCGAUGCAAUAGAACACAACAACCAUCCCAGACCAGGGACAUCUGCCUGUGGUGACCGUCCACGAGGAGCCUCCCCAAAACUGAGGAGUAGCUUCCCUACUGACACAAGACUUAAUGCUAUGCUUCACAUUGACUCGGAUGAAGAGGAGCACGAGCUGCAUCAAGACCUGGGUUUUCCAUCUUCUUUGGAAGAUGAUGGUGGUUUAGUAAUGCUCAAUGGUGCUACCAGAAAUGUCGAAAGAAAUGAAGUAAGUUCCUCCUCAGAUCAGGUAAUUCCAGGACCUGCAGAGGGUGAAAGGGUUUCAUCCUCUGAUGCUCCUUUGCCAUCAACUGAUGACCAGCAAGAUUCUCUCCCGGAGCUUCCCCCUCCAGAGGAAGGAGGCGAAAGCCUGCAGGGUUCUCAGGCUGAAGCCCCAGCAGAGCAGGCUGGCAGCGAGUCCUCUGUCCCUCCAGAGGCGGAGCAGCCUCCUGGCAGCGCAGACACGGGAGCUGCUGAAGCUGCAGGUGGGAGCAGACGGGGCGUCAGCGAGACGGAGUCCACUGACCAAGGCUCGGAGCCUUCGCAGCUGUCGUCAGAGACGGAGCAGAGCGACCCGGCUCGCACCGAGAGCGUCAGCGAGGCCAGCACCCGGCCCGAGGGGGAGAGCGACGCUGAGGGGGCCGACAGCUCCUGCAACGAGAGCGCGACGGUGCGGCGCUCCUCCGUGGAAGUGCGCUGCUCCUCCUGCGAGAGCGCCAGGUUUCCCGAGACUCCAGCCUUUUCUUCCCAGGAGGAAGAGGAGGGAGCCUGUGCCCCCGAGGCAGCGGCGGCGGAGCCGGAUACUGAAGCCCAGGACUCUGCGAGUGCUGCUGGUUCUCUGCCGGCCGUGCAGUUACCUCAGGAGGAGGCACAGGAGGCUGAGGCAGGUGAGCUGCAAGACCAAGAGGAAGCAGAAGAAAUAUGGCAAAGAAGAAGAAGCCUGCAGGCAGCAGCUGCCCAGAGCCAGUCUCAGGAUGAAGAAAUUGAAGGAGCACAGGCAGCUUGUGAGGGUGCCACAGCGCAGCUUGAAGGAGCUACUGGAGGUUCUCCUGCCAAUGGCCAUCAGCCCUUGAGGUCCCUGCCUUCAGUGCGUCAGGACGUUAGCCGGUACCAGAGAGUGGAUGAGGCUCUGCCACCAAACUGGGAGGCUCGAAUUGACAGCCAUGGACGGAUUUUUUACGUGGACCACGUGAACAGGACAACAACCUGGCAGCGACCCACAGCUCCCCCAGCCCCACAGAUUCUCCAGAGGUCAAAUUCCAUCCAGCAGAUGGAACAGCUGAAUCGCCGGUACCAGAGCAUCCGAAGAACAAUGACAAAUGACAGGCCUGAAGAGCACACAAAUGCCAUGGAUGGAGCUGCAGAGGAAGCUGAAUUUCAUCAUUCUAAUUCAGAUUUUCGAAGAGAGAAUGUGCUGCCUCACUCUACCUCCAGAUCCAGACUUACUUUAUUGCUCCAGUCUCCCCCUGUGAAAUUCCUUAUCAGCCCAGAGUUCUUUACAGUGCUGCAUUCUAACCCUAGUGCCUACCGCAUGUUUACAAAUAACACGUGUCUGAAGCACAUGAUCACCAAAGUCCGGCGGGACACCCACCACUUUGAGCGCUACCAGCACAACCGGGAUCUGGUGGGCUUCCUCAACAUGUUUGCCAACAAACAGCUGGAGCUGCCGAGGGGUUGGGAGAUGAAACACGACCAUCAGGGCAAGGCUUUCUUUGUCGACCACAACUCACGCACCACGACGUUCAUCGACCCACGGCUGCCCCUGCAGAGCAGCAGGCCCACCAGUGCUCUGGUCCAUCGGCAGCACCUGACUCGGCAGCGCAGCCACAGUGCUGGGGAGGUCGGAGAGGACUCCCGUCAUUCAGGACCCCCAGUUUUGCCAAGACCAUCCAGCACCUUUAACACAGUCAGCAGAGCUCAGUACCAGGAUGUGGUUCCAGUGGCUUACAAUGACAAGAUAGUUGCAUUUUUGCGGCAGCCCAAUAUCUUUGAAAUUCUACAAGAGCGUCAACCAGAUCUUACCAGGAAUCAUUCACUCAGGGAGAAGAUCCAGUUCAUCCGGACAGAGGGAACACCUGGGCUGGUGCGUUUAUCCAGUGAUGCAGACCUUGUCAUGUUACUCAGCUUGUUUGAGGAGGAAAUAAUGUCGUAUGUGCCGCCACAUGCCUUACUUCAUCCUAGUUAUUGCCAGUCCCCGAGAGGCUCGCCGGUGUCUUCGCCUCAGAACUCUCCAGGUACUCAACGUGCCAAUGCCCGAGCUCCAGCUCCGUACAAAAGAGAUUUUGAAGCCAAACUGAGGAACUUCUACAGGAAGUUGGAGACUAAAGGAUACGGACAAGGCCCAGGGAAAUUGAAAUUAAUCAUCAGGAGAGAUCACUUGCUAGAAGAUGCCUUUAACCAGAUCAUGGGCUACUCAAGAAAAGACCUGCAGAGAAAUAAACUCUAUGUCACGUUUGUUGGGGAAGAAGGGUUGGACUACAGUGGACCAUCAAGAGAGUUUUUUUUCCUGGUGUCCAGGGAGCUCUUCAAUCCAUAUUAUGGUUUGUUUGAAUAUUCAGCCAACGAUACCUACACAGUACAAAUAAGUCCCAUGUCUGCUUUCGUAGACAAUCACCAUGAGUGGUUCAGGUUUAGUGGUCGAAUUCUUGGUCUUGCUCUGAUACAUCAGUAUUUGCUGGAUGCCUUUUUUACAAGACCUUUUUAUAAAGCCCUUCUUCGAAUACUCUGUGACCUGAGUGACCUGGAAUAUCUGGAUGAAGAGUUUCACCAGAGCUUGCAGUGGAUGAAAGACAAUGAUAUACAUGAUAUCCUAGAUCUCACAUUUACUGUAAAUGAAGAAGUUUUUGGGCAGAUCACAGAACGCGAACUAAAACCAGGAGGUGCCAAUAUCCCAGUCACUGAAAAGAACAAGAAAGAAUACAUAGAGAGAAUGGUGAAAUGGAGAAUUGAGAGAGGAGUUGUACAACAAACAGAAAGUUUAGUUCGUGGUUUCUAUGAGGUGGUUGAUGCAAGACUGGUGUCUGUAUUUGAUGCCAGAGAACUGGAACUGGUUAUAGCUGGAACAGCAGAAAUUGACUUGAGUGAUUGGAGAAAUAAUACAGAGUACAGAGGAGGUUAUCAUGACAAUCACAUUGUAAUUCGGUGGUUUUGGGCUGCUGUGGAAAGGUUCAACAAUGAACAACGACUAAGACUUUUACAGUUUGUCACAGGCACCUCCAGCAUUCCCUACGAAGGCUUUGCCUCUCUCCGGGGGAGCAACGGGCCCAGGCGCUUCUGCGUGGAGAAGUGGGGGAAGAUCACUGCUCUUCCAAGGUGGCUUGUAGAAGAGCUCCUGACAAUGUCGAGGAGAAAGCUGGAGAAUAAAAGCCUUUCUGGCUUGUUGGCCACAUCUCUGCACACACCAUUCAAGACAGAAAACUUCCACAAUUUUUAUAUGCUUGAAUCAAAAGAGCUAGGAAGAGGAAGAUGUGCUGUGGUGAGAAAAUGUGUAGCUAAAUCCACAGGCCAAGAGUAUGCAGCUAAAUUCUUAAAGAAAAGAAGACGAGGUCAAGACUGCAAAGCAGAGAUUCUGCAUGAAAUUGCUGUCCUUGAGUUAAUGAAAUCCAAUCCUCGCAUAGUUAAUCUCCAUGAAGUCUAUGAAACAGCAAAUGAGAUCAUCUUAGUGUUGGAAUAUGCUGCUGGAGGAGAAAUAUUUGACUUGUGUGUCCCAGAUCUGGAUGACAGAAUUGGUGAAAGGGAUAUUGUAAGGCUUAUCAGGCAAAUACUUGAAGGACUUUGCUGCUUGCAUGAAAACAAUAUUGUUCAUCUUGAUUUGAAGCCUCAAAAUAUUUUGCUGAGCAGUCUCAAUCCUCUUGGUGAUGUAAAAAUUGUAGAUUUUGGGAUGUCCCGGAAACUUGAGAAUUCCAAUGAACUGCGGCAGAUCAUGGGAACAACAGAGUAUCUCGCUCCAGAAAUCCUGAACUAUGAUCCCAUUACCACAGCUACAGACAUGUGGAACAUCGGUGUCAUCUCAUACAUGCUGCUGACACAAGAAUCUCCAUUUGUGGGAGCUGAUGUUCAAGAAACUUACCUUAAUAUAUCUCAAGUUAACGUGGAUUAUUCAGAAGAAACAUUUUCAUCAGUUUCACAGCCUGCAAAAGACUUCAUUCAAAAACUUCUCAUAAAAAAUCCAGAGGACAGGCCCACUGCAGCGGACUGUCUCUCCCAUUCGUGGUUGCAGCAAGGGGAGCUCACGCUCCUGUGCAGCCCUGAAGAAACUUGCUGCUCCUCUCAGCUGCCAGGACACACCACAAAGUGCUCAGAAGAGCGGAGUGUAAAAUCCUGCUGCAGUGGUAGCUGCAGCGACAAGGAGGACAAGGAGAACAUUCCAGAGGACAGCAGUACGCUCUCCAAACGCUUCCGCUUCGAUGAUUCUUUGCAGUAUCCCCAAGACUUCGUGACAGACUUUGUGUGUUAAUGUGUGAUACAGACUUUUCAUGAAAUGCAUUCAGCAUAGUCUGUUCCAGUGGUGAAAGAAAGGUUCUGGCUUGCCAAUUCAUGCAGCAUUGGCAAACUGGAAAUGCACUUUGAUUCUUUUAUACUGGUGCCUCCUUUUCUAUCCAUUGCUGGCAGUGGAUUUAACUCCUGAGGAAUUGGAGUUGUGCCAAUAAAAUGAAUUAUUUUUUUUAAGAAGAUAUAAUUAAAUAUUUUUGCACUUUUCAAGUUCUAGUCAAAAGAUGAUGCUAGAGCAAACAAACUGAAACCUGCAAGUGAGUUAAAUGUAGUCUUUGCCAAACAGUGGUUGAACACAUGCAUGCUUUUAGGACUACCCUUAGUAAGAAAUUGGGAAGGGAAGAAGGGAGGCUGAAUCUUGCUGGUUUAUUGGAGUUGCUUGCUACCAUUCUCACCACUUUAAAUAGAGGCUAAAUUUGGUAUGAUUUGGAACUAUGGUACAUCUGUUGGGGCAUUUGGAAACCUGUUUUCCCUCUAGCAUCACUAGUAGUUCUGCCUUAUAGAUCUGGUCUACUUGGGCAUUAUUGUGCAUAUUCUAUGUGGUUAUGCUGUGUUGCAUCCCUGCAACACUUGGUAGAGAAAACAGGUAUAUUGUCAGUGCUUGUGGGUCUUGGCUUCUUACCAUAGAUUACGUUUGAAGAUGAGGUUCCUAUGCUGAUGUGAAUAUUUGAACUUGGUGGUUUGUUUUUAUCAAACUUUUGAAAUAGUAUAAUCUAUCUGUACUGAUUUUUCCUUAUGUUAAAAAAAAAAACAAACCAAAACAAUCCCCCCUCAAAAACCCCACACAAACAAGCCCCAAAACACAAAGCCUCUAGCUAAAAGCAGUGAAAACUGAGUAAACUGAAAAUAACCAUUUUUGCCAGUGAAACUGCAAUGAACAACUUUUCUCUGUGCCCCUCUAAUGUAGAAGUGCAUCUUGCUGUCAAUUAGUGUUGCCCAUAAUUACUCAGCUUCAUGCCUGCUCUGAGAAAUGGACUGCAGUGUGUUAGUAUUUAAAGCCAAACUACCUAAUAAUUGUUUUAAGCCUUUAAAAUUGGUUUGGUUAGUGGUAUUUUUUUAAAGUUCUGUGCCUUCCACUUCCACUUGUUUCUGGCUCUAAGGUAAUAAUGCCUGUGUCAAGUUUUGUCUUAGAGCAAAUGCCAGUUGUGCCUUAACAGCCUGAAACUAAUAUUCAUAAAAUAAGCCCCUUAAUCAUAUCAGAUGCUGGGAGCCUUUUGGGCAGUGAAUUUAUUAAAACUCACAUAGAUAUUUUGAAAGCAAAUGCCACUUUGAAAUAUUUUGGGAUUUUCCACUCUUCAAAGCUUAAAUUUAAUUGUCUUUAAAUUGGAUUUGUUUUCUGUAAUAAAAUACCACAAUCUGAUAAUCCUUUUCAAGUGUGCCUGUGGAUUUUUCAGUAGUCAGGCAGAUUGGCAUUUUGGAAUAUGAUUGAGAGGUGAACCUGAUGGGUGGUAAAAGGUUGUGUUUUAUCUUUCUUCACACAAGGAAAGAGCAGGUUUUUCCCAAACAGAUUUCAAUAUAAGGUGUCACCUUAACAUAUGGGGCGAUUCAGGACUGAUAUCUUGGUUUGGGGGAAUGCUCACGUGGACAAGUGGAAAGCAGAGGUGUAAGGCAUGUAAAACUUUUCAGCUUGUGUUUGUCAGUAGGAAAAGUUCUUCAAGCCUUAAUUUCAUGUGAAAUGAAGUAAUGGGUUUGUUCAGCAGAGACAAAGCCCUGAUAGCCGGGUGUGAGGGAACCACACAGUCUCCCCUGUGUAUGAAUUCUCAUGGAGCUUUUUUCAGUGGUACUGAUUGUAUAUAUAAUUACAGAAUUACUUUGCAGGAGGAGGCAGCUGUUGGAUUGUGCUCAGGUACUUUACUCCCUUACUUUCCAAAGUCCUUGGCUUUUCCCAGUUGAGUCUUACUGACCUUUUGAUUUUUUUCCACCAUCAUGGAUUCCAGUUUGAACUGGGUAAGUUAAAACCACAGAUUUUUUGAUAUAUAUGUAGAAGUUAAAGUUUACUUGAGAUAAAGAAGAAAAUGCUAAAAAGCUGUGUAGAUAAAGGUAAAGAAGAAUGUUUAAAAAAAUUGUUAUAAUUUAAAAUUAUUCCUAAAUAUUCCUGAAUGGAAAUUACAAUUAUUUUUUAGCAUCUGGAAAAUAAAGCUGAUAGCUUAUUCCAGCACUUUAUGACAAAGCUGUUAUUCCUUAUGAUUUUUAUCAUGGUAUCUGAUGUUUACAUUUCUUACUACUAUAGAGGUAACUUAUCUUUAAAUAAUUGAAAAAUUGUUUUAUCCAAAGAAUUAAAGUUUUGAAGACUUUAUUUGUAUUUUAUAUGUACUUAAAAUUUACUUUGAAUUAGACUUUGUUUGGAUAAGUGCAUUUGAUUUAUUUUAAAAUAUUGUUAUGCAAAUUAACUCCAAUUGAAUGUAAAUGCAUACAUUGUAGGCAACUGUUAGUCUGUUUUGUGUCGUGCCAUAUUACUGGGACUUUCCAAGUGUGAAUGAAUGCUGAGUAACAUUUUCAGAAGACUGAAGUCAUACUUCUAUGCAGUUCAUGAUCUUUUUAUAUUUAAAAAAAAAUAAAUUUGCCAUUUUUCCAAAA